GCCUCAAGUGCCACAACACAAAACUCGUAUUUUAAUUUUUAUAAACAACAGUACCAGAUAUAUAAACUAUUAUUGCGAGUGUGUAUUUUUUGUAUAAAACCAAAAAUUAUGAUGAAGCAAAAUCAAGAUAUCGCUAAAGUAAUUUUUUUAUGUGUUCUGUGGUAUAUUAUUUCUAGCACAAAUAAUGUCGUUGGAAAAAUAUUACUAUUAGAAUUUCCUUAUCCAUUGACAGUCACAAUGGUACAGUUAACCUCAAUCACUAUAUUGUCUGAUCCGUUUUUUCGUUUUUGGGGUAUACGAAAGACAUCGGAAAUUUCUUGGAAUUAUUAUUUUCGUUUACUUGUACCACUUGCACUCGGUAAAUUACUCGCCAAUGUACUCAGCCAUAUCAGUAUUUGGAAAGUUCCUGUAUCUUAUGCCCAUACCGUGAAGGCUACCAUGCCGUUCUUCACAGUCAUCUUGUCAAGAUUGAUUCUGCGGGAACAACAAACGUUUGACAUUUAUUUGAGCUUGGUACCGAUUGUUGGUGGGGUAGCCAUAGCCACCCUUACCGAACUUAGUUUCAAUCUUAUUGGACUCAUCAGUGCUUUGGCAUCAACAAUGGCAUUUUCUCUCCAAAAUAUUUAUUCUAAAAAAGUGCUUUGUGAUACCGGUGUCCAUCAUCUGAGGCUUCUAUUUAUUUUAGGACGAUUAGCAUUAUUUAUUUUCUUACCAAUCUGGACUUUUUAUGAUUUGAAAAGUUUAAUUUCUGACUUUGUAACAAUGAAAUCGGAAAGUUACAAAAUUUUAUGUUUAUUAUUAUUAGAUGGUUUUUUAAAUUGGUGCCAAAAUAUCGUAGCCUUUUCUGUAAUGUCGAUUGUAACGCCUUUAACUUAUGCGGUUGCAAACGCAAGUAAACGAAUUUUUGUUAUAAUAGUUACACUUUUUAUUCUUGGUAAUCCAGUGACCGGUCUAAAUAUUUUUGGAAUGUUACUUGCAAUUACUGGUGUAUUUUUGUACAAUAAAGCUAAAUAUAAUCAACGACAAGCACAAAAAAAGCAAUCUCUCUUACCUAGUUACGUCGACUUAAGUGACAAAGAUAAGUCUAAAUUUCAUAAUAAUGAUUGGGUUGAAGAUACUCGGCGGCUUCUCAUAAUCUAGCCUUCGAAUUAUUAAACAGUCUGUUAUAAAUUUGUUUCUAUUUUAUUCCAAACUUUUCAUCAUUGAGAUAAUAAUUAUUUUCGCUUCAAUUCAAUCUUCAUUCGUACAGAUUUUUUUUUCUAUUGUAAUUAUACAUAAAGAUUAUAUUUUUAAUAAUGACUGAAAACUCGGUAGUAAUUUUAACUGAAAUUAAUAUUCUGAAAGCAUUCAACGUAAACUUUUAGAUGAUGACAAUUCCAAAAAUUUAUUUUUACCUGGAACUUUUCAUAAAAUAAUCAUAUAAUAAUAUCGUAAAUAAACGAAAGAAAAAUCUGUUAUUCAGAAUAAUUCUACAAGUUCUUCAUUAAUAUUCGUUUCAAAAACAUUAAGUCUCACAACUGCUAGAGUUUCAAUAAACUCUUGUAAAUUUUGUAAUGUUUAAAUGGUAAAUUUCCAAAAAAUCAUGAUUCUUGAAUAAUAAUUGUUGUAAAUAAAGAUUAUUAGUCCUGAAAAAUAAUUAUUAAAUCUCAGAGAAAUAUUUAAAUAUUAAUAGCUCCAAGUGAACUUCCAUCUUCGGGUACGAAAAUUCCGUACAGCAUAAUUCAAUUUUUCACAGCAUUAAGAUGGAAAAGUAAUCUUGAUUGAUUUGUUAAUCAGAAAGAAAAGUUGGUUAAAGAAGAAAAAUAAUAAUUAAGCACAAAAUACGAUAUUUUUAGAGAAAUUCUCUGGAUGAAAGGAAGAAUACAAAUUUUUGUAAAUAUUUUACAAUUUAUUUUCAAAAUGACUCAUAACAUCAAUCAUCAUUAUAUAUUUAUUGUUAAAGAUAAAUCAGAUAAUUACUUCGCAAAUGAUAUUUUUAAAAGAAUCAUUGAAAAAAUAAUCUUGAUGAAUAUGAAAGCUUACCCUGAUUAGAAAGUGCGGAUCAAAAUGACUUAAAAAGUCACUUUUUAUAUGCGUUUAGCCGUGUGAAUAGUUUAAAAUCAUAUUUUCUAAACAAUUUUAUUAUCUUUAACAUGAAUCAAAAUGUUAAUGUGAUAAAAAAUAUAUGAUUUUGUUGAUAGUAAUAUAAUUUAGACUAUAUCUAGAAUUCAUAAAAAUAGCUGAUGAUUGAAUAACGAAGAAAGAUAGAUCAGAAAGUAAAUUGAAAUUUUGAUUUCAAGAUACAGUUGGUAUUAAACCAACUAAAAUUAUUAUAUAAUCAUGUCAAAAGCAACAUAUAAAAAUACCGAACCUCCAGAAAAUUCAGAUUUGAAAUGAAUUUCAAAACUCAUUAGAAAAAUAUCCCAACACGACGGUACACAGAAAAAAAAGGAUUUCUUGGCUCAAGAAAUAUUUUACAUUAUGAAUUGAAGACAAAAACUUAGGAGUAGAAAAAAUUUCUUGGCGCGAUAAAUUUCUUCUUGCCUCAAGAAAAUUUUUUCUCGCACCAAGAAAAUUUUUGCUUUCCAUUUAUAAUUCACAAAAUUUCUUGGGGUAAGUAAAAAUUUUUUUCGGGCAAGUAAAAAUUUUUUGCGCCAAGAAAUACUUUUUUCUGUGUACUCAUAUUUAUUUAGUAUUUUUCCUUCACUGUACAACUUAUUAGUUUUUUACAGAAUAUAUUGUUAUAAAUCCCUUA